UGCAGUGCACGGUUCGAUUUGUUUUGGUUUAUACAGACUGCGCUUUGUACCGGGGAGCGAAGGUCCACCGCGUAACUUUAAGGUGGUCGUUACACUUCUUUGACUCAUUGCCAAAUCUUCCAACUCCUCCUCCCACUUGUUUCGCCUCCCCCUUUGAGGGCCAUCGCUUGCCUCAUAGCUCCCGUUAUUGGACCCCAGAAGCUGGCCUGCUAGUUAGCAAACAAGCUAACGAUAGUCAGGUUUCACCCAUGUCCUCUGAAGAAGCUUUGAGCUCAACGUUCACGGAUUGGCUUUUCAUCAAUUCCUGGUGGCUCCUUCUGCCAUUCAUCAUGCUUAUUGUAGUGGCUGCCUUUAUUGUUGCCUUUGUGUUGCUGUUAUACAUGAUAUCGCCUCUUAUUAGCCCCAAGCCUCUGAAACUGAACGGGGCCCACGUCGUGGUGACAGGAGGCUCAAGUGGGAUUGGAAAAUGCAUUGCAAUCGAGUGCUACAGACAAGGAGCUUUCAUCACUUUGGUGGCACGGAAUGAGGCGAAAUUGCUUCAAGCAAAGAAGGAGCUGGAGAAAUUUGCCAUCAAUGACAAACAGGUGGUGCUCUGCAUAUCAGUGGAUGUUUCGAGUGAUUACAGCCAGGUGGAAAGUGUGAUAAAACAGGCUCAAGAAAAGCUCGGCCCCGUCGAUAUGUUGGUGAACUGCGCUGGUUUAGCCAUUUCUGGAAAGUUUGAGGACAUCGAAGUGGACCGUUUCAAAAAAUUGAUGGAAGUGAAUUACCUUGGCAGCGUUUACCCAACGCGGGCCGUCAUAACCACGAUGAAGGAGCGGAGAAUGGGCCGCAUCUUGUUCGUGUCCUCCCAAGCCGGCCAGAUCGGCCUGUUUGGAUACACUGCCUACUCCCCAUCCAAGUUUGCCCUGCGUGGCUUAGCUGAGUCUCUGCAGAUGGAGAUAAAGCCUUACAACAUCUAUGUGACUGUGGCCUACCCCCCUGACACUGACACUCCAGGAUUGGCUGAGGAAAAUAAGUCCAAGCCUCUAGAGACCACAUUAAUCUCUGAAACCUCUGGCGUGUGUCAACCAGACCAAGUAGCCAAAAUCAUUGUUCGGGAUGCAGUGCAGGGGAACUUCAACUGCUCUGUGGGACCCGACGGCUACAUGUUAUCUGCCCUCACCUGUGGGAUGUCACCUGUCACCUCCAUCACAGAAGGUCUCCAGCAGAUUGUUACCAUGGGGUUAUUUCGGACUAUCGCCCUCUUCUACCUGGGGAGUUUUGAUAGUAUUGUUCGCCGCUGCAUGAUUCAGAGGGAGCAGUCGAAAGCAGCUGACAAGAGGGAGUGACAGCAGCCUUACCUUAUUCACAGCUCCUCCUCCACCCCCCCAUCCCCUCCCCUCCUCCAGCUGUUCAAGUGCACAACUGUAGGUGGAGGAAAGGUCAGGCUUUGAGUGUACUUCUCAUAUCAGCAGAUAUGAUUUAGAGUGGCAGAUGUUUACUAUUUGCUUGUCCAGUUACACAACUCCUCCAUAGACUUCAGUCAUUCUCAUUAUUCUAUCCUCUCUGAGCAUUCCAGUGACUUUUCAGUUUAAUAGUCCACCUGCUUCUUUUUCAGGGAGCAGCCUUACUUUAAGGGAAUGGGGGCAGACUAAACAUCCCACAGCCCUGUUCUGAAGUAGGCAGGCUUUUUGAACCAUUCACUAGAUGUCAGGCCUCCACUUGCACAGUGCUGUUUUUUGUUUGUUUUUUUCGCACAAAGAGGAAAAUCAACACACCGUCUGUCGGACCGGUUGAGCCAAAAAAAUAAAUAAAAUCCCUCCCACCAGGGGUUAUUGUGAAAACCAGGAUGGUAACUCCCAGCUUUUAUCUUCACAUUUCAUGUAUUACAAAGGAAGGUCCACAUGUUAGAAUAUCUCAGUUUGGUCUAAAUAGGCCCUUAUUCUCUACCUUUUCAUACCAAAAGUCUUUGCAGGCAAAGCACUUUACCUCUGUUUAAAACCAGGUUGAGACCCUCUGUGUUUGAUCUGAACCAAGUUUAGAUUGAGAAAGAGAGAGAGAAUGUGUGAUGUGUUUUAAAAUGUUACUAAUACAAAAACAUAAUUCCUAGAAACAAAUAAUAUUUCAACAUUUCAGAUGUAGUUUUUUGGGAUAAUAUAUAUUUGGGUGCAUGAUUGUGUGUGUUUUGGGUUAGCUGUGACUGAGCCAAACCCCCAGGGGGAAAAAAGCCAUUCAAUUUUAUCAUCUCUGGAAUAAACGCACCAAAUUAUUUUCCUUGGCAUCCUAUCUUAUUUCAUUGAGAAAGGAAAGCAGGUACUACUGGUUGAAGCCACGACAUAAAAACAUGAAGAGGCAGCAGGGCCAGCACUGGUAAUGUCACUCUUCACCUGUGAAUAUGACCAGAGUUUAAUACACAUUUUCUCAUGAAAUAUGUGAAAGGAAGCAUAUCAUUAUUACAUGAAAUGUGUCCGUGCACAUAUUCAGCCACCCCAGCCAGUCAAGAUCCAAGUGGGAUCCAUCAUUUGUUGGGGCGGUGUCAGUCAGGGCCGGGCAAGACUUGCAGGUCGAGUCAUGUCCCUGUAGGUCUAGUGAGGGCGCUAGAGAUUUGUUUUUACAAAAAGGCCGAAAUAGCAGAGGGACUAACAGUGAAGUGUUAUCCUCGUCUUUCUGAUUUUGACCUCCUGUCACGCACAGUUGGGGCUCUGCAGCUCCCUAAAUGACAAUAUUCAUUCCCUCCUUGAACAACCUUGUAUUCACCACAUGUGUUUCCAUAUGUUUUGCAUAUAGAGGGAGAAAAGUACAGUGUCGACUCUUGCAAGUCUUUCUUCUGUCCAUCACAAACGGGGAGAAUGUACUUUAUAACAAAGCAUACAAAUCAGAACAUAUUUUUAAAUACACCAAUAUUUGAAUGCCAAAAAUGUGUUGAGACAAUUUCUGUAGAUGCAAUGCAUUUGUGUGAGAUUUUUUUUGAUGUUGCUGCUUCGUUGAUGUGAGUUAGAUUGUUAAAGCUGUGGCGCAGUGUGGGGACCCAUUCCCAGCCUUAAGAUAUGCUACUACUGAAAAGCUAAUGCCAUAAGAAUGCACCUGUCCACAGAACUAUGUGGCUCAACCCACAUGUGGUUUACCCAGUUCAUUUAUUACGUUAUCUUUAGUACUUUCACUGUAAAAUGCCAACUGUUCUUGUGUAUUUUGUCCAUUUCCAGUCUUUGUAUGACAAAAAAAGAAGCCUGGCAGAAAUUCAAGUUAUGAAAGUGAGAAUGGAUGACUCAUGUUUGAUGAUGUUCUCAUUGGAAAUUGGUUAACGGCAUGCUCUCCUGCACUCGAGCUUUUCGCAAUUGUACAUUUAUUGCUUUCAAAGGUUGUCUUUUACAUUUAAGGUAGCAAGACAUAGUUAAUUGAACAUGUAGCCCAUAUAAAAGCAGUUUUGUUUUAACCUAUGAGCUAUGCAAAUGAAGCCUAUGCUUACAAUAUGUUGGAACAUAGAGUGAAGAUUUAUGUUAUGUAACCGUCAAGCUAGUUAGCCCUUAUUUAAUGGUGUCAUCAUCAGAUACCCAAUAUGAGUAUAAAACGUGAAAAUCAUAAUGCACAUUUAUUUCCUUUUUUUUCCCUCUUGAAUUUUUCUUCUGCCAAAAAACUUAACUAACACCUUCACCUUGUGUGCCAUGAAAGAAAAUGUGAGAAGUGGAACGUUUCUUUGUCUUAUUUUCUUACAUGACAAACUAAAUAAAUACCUGUGAAAAACAAUCUAA